AUGAUGAGUGCGGCGGGGGACCGGCUACUGCUUCAACACCAGGAGGAACAGACUGAAGGACAAACUUAUCCUCAGAAAGUACGACCCCGUAGUGAAGCAGCAUGUUCUGUUCUUGGAGAAGAAGAAAGUCCGAUCCAUAUAAUUCCUGGUGUCACUCGGAUCACAUGGGCGCUGUCCGGGGUGGAGGGAGAGGAUGACGCUGGUAUCGAGGACCCGGGACUGAUCUACGCAGAACAAUGGAGAGGGCAGACAGCCAAUCUAUCUCCUCCGCCAUCAGCCCAUCUCGCCAUCUUCCUGCCGCGUCCAGCGAACGGAUCUACGGAGAGCAGACUUUCCUCCCAAGGUUCUCCCUUAUUUAUGUUGGCUGACGCUCUUCUUGGAAUUUUUUUUUUUUUUUUUUACACCAAUAAAAAUAAUUUUUCUCAUUGUUUGCAGAGAUCUCUCCCUGAGUGUAAUGUAUGGAGACACAUGAUGGGCUUGGAAGCCGACAUGACAUGUUCCCCACACCUCUGUGUAUAUAAACAGCACAGAUACCCCCAUUUCCUGACCCGGCCAUUUUUUGUGAUACGGCGCUGGGUUACUUUAACUGACAAUUGCGCGGUCACGUUGUACAUAAAUAAAUUUAUGUCAUUUUGUUUUUUUCCCCACAGAAAUAGAGCUUUCUUUUGGUGGCAUUUGAUAUUUUUUGCGCUCUAUAAACAAAAAGACCGACAAUUUAAAAAAAAAAUAUAUAUAUAUAUAUUUUUGACUAUAAAACAUAUCCAGUAA